AUGUCUUGCAACCACCUUGAUUUCCUCCUUGCAAAAGCCUUUAGAAGUCGUAAUCCUUCCAGGGAGUCGCGGUUAACGCCGAGGAUAAGCUACGACAUUAGUCAACGUUAUCCAUGUCCUGCACUUGUGGACCUAACGCAUAUCUGUCGACCAAUGAGGCUGCACCUGAGACAAUGGAACAAUAGAGGUUACACUUCAUCUUCGCCAUUUGCCGUGCAGCAGGACGGCAAGUAUGAGAGUCGCAGGCCGAAACCAUCACCGAGUGAGAAGAGACUUGACUAUGAGAAGCCAAGUGCAACAGAAUCCACUAUUGGGUCGAUGUCGGAGCAGCUCGUUAGCCUGGGAGCUGCCGGGACGAAAUCUGUUGCGAUGUUUAGAGAACCUCAAACACCCUAA